AGCCACCACCCUGGAACUAGGAAGACGCCCGAUUCCUUUGCCCGCCACGCCGCCGGGCUCGCGCGGAGGCUGUCGGGACUUGUAGUGUUCGCGGUAGGGAGUGCCCGCUCCGGAAUCUCAGUCGCUGUCUGGCCGGGUAGAGGCAGCGCGUGCACGCGUGCGCAGUGCGCGGGCGGGCCGUCGUGGGCGCCGCUCCCGGCAGCUGGGUGCCUGAAGGAGCCGGGACCGCGGUGGCGCGGGAGCUCCGGGCGGAGGCCGCGUGUAAUGUUCAAGCCCAGAAAUGCCUUAUGUGGAUCGACAGAAUCGCAUCUGUGGUUUUCUAGACAUUGAAGAAAAUGAGAACAGUGGGAAAUUUCUUAGACGGUAUUUCAUCCUGGAUACCAGAGAAGACAGCUUUGUAUGGUACAUGGAUAAUCCACAGAACCUGCCUUCAGGAUCAUCACGGGUUGGAGCCAUUAAACUUACCUACAUUUCAAAGGUUAGCGAUGCAACUAAGUUAAGGCCAAAGGCAGAGUUUUGUUUUGUUAUGAAUGCAGGAAUGAGAAAAUACUUUCUACAAGCUAAUGAUCAGCAGGACUUAGUGGAGUGGGUAAAUGUCUUGAACAAAGCUAUAAAAAUUACAGUACCAAAGCAGUCAGACUCACAGCCGGCCUCUGACAGCCUGAGUCGCCAAGGUGACUGUGGUAAGAAGCAAGUGUCUUACAGAACUGAUAUUGUUGGUGGUGUGCCCAUCAUCACGCCAACGCAGAAAGAAGAAGUAAACGAAUGUGGUGAGAGUAUUGAUAGAAACAAUUUGAAACGGUCACAAAGCCAUCUUCCUUACUUUGCUCCUAAGCCACCUCCAGACAGUGCAGUUAUCAAAGCUGGGUAUUGUGUGAAACAAGGAGCGGUGAUGAAAAACUGGAAGAGAAGAUAUUUUCAGUUGGACGAAAACACAAUAGGCUACUUCAAAUCUGAACUGGAAAAGGAACCUCUGCGGGUAAUACCACUUAAAGAAGUUCAUAAAGUCCAAGAGUGCAAACAAAGUGACAUAAUGAUGAGGGACAACCUGUUUGAAAUCGUGACGACAUCUCGGACUUUCUAUGUGCAGGCUGAUAGCCCCGAAGAGAUGCACAGUUGGAUUAAAGCAGUCUCUGGCGCCAUCGUAGCACAGCGGGGACCUGGCAGGUCAUCCUCUUCUGUUAACUCUAAUCUUAGCUUUGCACUGUGUUCCAGAUGCGGCAGGCCAGAAGGCUGUCGAACCCUUGUAUACAGAGGAGCAUUCCGGCUGGCCUUCAGAACCCAAAUUCGCUGUCCGUCCUGCCGGGGCCGCAGCCACCGCCUCACAUUCCCCAGCCUCUCGCAGCCACUCUCUGGUCUCAGGCUGUGCCAUGGAGAAGCGAGGAGUUUACCAAUCUCUUGCCAAGGUCAAGCCAGGGAACUUCAAGAUCCAGACUGUCUCUCCAAGAGAGCCAGCUUCCAAAGUGACUGAACAGGCUUUGCUCAGACCUCAGAGUAAAAACGGCCCUCAGGGAGAAGAUGGCGAGCCAGUGGACUUAGAUGACGCCAGCCUGCCAGUCAGCGAUGUGUGAGGAGGCGCGCGUGGGCUGCCUGGGCCACUCACCCUCAGUGCCCUUCCGUGAGGCUUCUCGCCAAAGAUGAUAGAGGGUGAAUGAUCUCAGUGCAUAUGUCAUACUGUCUCGUGGGUGGACUCUAAGCCCGCAAACCAAGAAUCUAGGGAGUGGCCAAGUCAACAUAAUUCUUUAAGAAAGGAAGGAAAAAAGCUGUGUCCGUAUUGACUGUUUGAAGCUUUAUAUGUUUGGGUGAUAAAAAUGUGUGUGUGAUUUUUUUUCUUAAGUGACUUUGAAAUUUUAAAUAACAAUUUAAAACAUUAAAAUUUCUUAUUAUCUUGGUCAUUUAAACAUGCUAAUAUGACUCCCUUUGAAAUAUUCAAUAUUUACACAUUCUUAUCAGCUAACAUUAUCAAGUGGGCCAUUUCCAGACAAAAAUUUCUAAUCUCAUGAGGUCUGUGGUGCUGCAGAAUUUAUAUUGCAAUGUGGACUGUUUAGAAAUUCUAACCAUUUAUGAUAUUCUGGCUGUCCAGGUGAGUGGAAAAUUUGCAUAGAUUUGACUAGACGAUUGGUGUAGGUGGCAGUGGAACAAGGCAAGCAGAAGAAGGAGGCUGGAGGUCAGCUAGAGCUAAGAUUUUUUUUUCUGGGGAGGGGAUUUUUUUAUUUUUAUUUUUAUUUUGGAUAUUGGAUUUCUCUGUGUAGCCAUGGCUGUCCUUGACCUCGCUCUGUAAACCAGGUUGCCCUUGAACUUGUGAUUCUGCCUCAGUUGCCUCCCAAAUUAUAGGGUUGUAUCACCAACUUGCAGCCUGAGACACUUGUUUUAAAAAGCUCAGUAUUUCAUUUCAGUAAAAAUUAUUUGGUCAUAAAUUUUGGGAAGAACUGAUUUUUUUUAAAUCAAAGUUUUGUAAAUAGAUCUUCUCUGAAUUUGAAUCGGUGAAAGACUUCAGUUCAUAUGCUAAGUCAAAACGGCCCUUAGUCAUGGCCUUGUUGUGGCCUCUCCCUUGUCAUCAGUAGUAACCUAUACUCAAGUGCCUGUGUCUUCUCAUCUCACUUAGGAUCGUACCCCAAAGUCCUACAUGAUUGGCUUUAAAUGUCUGAGAAAACUAAUUUCAGUAGCGUAGUUUGAUAGGUUAAGUAAGAUAGCAUUUUAUAUCAGAGACACCAGAAUGUUGGUGUUCAACUACCUGUGCAAUAUUUAUGUCUUGAAAACCAGAUGUGAGUAUGCACUGAACAGUGGGGAUAUUAUAAAUAGAAGCACCUCUCUGAAGAACCCAGUUUCCGAUGUUCAGUGAUAGACUGGUUUGAGCAAGUACUGUUUUGUGGCAACAUCUUAAGUGUUUCCUUUCUCCCAGGCUGCUGCUCUGUGGUAUUUCCAGUCUCAGACUUGUGUUUUGGAGUCAUGGUGUUAGUUAGUGUUUUGCCUUUUUAUGUUCUAAGACUACUUGUUAGAGGACGGAAGAUUUGCUACAGUGGUCUAGGGUUAAAAUGUGCUAUUUAGUUGCCCAGCACAAGAACGUACCACUCACCUUUUGUAUUCAUAAGCUAAUAUGUUAGAGUUCUAUGUAGUUUUCUCUGUGCACCUGCAUUAGAAAACCAUAGGACACCAAGCUGGUUAGGCAGUUAUCACCCUUCUGCUGCCGUAUUCAUCACCCAGGCUCUUUUACAAGUUCCUUUUUCAUGCACAUGCCUAGGGACCCUUGUACAGACUCUGGCAGUAUUGAUGAGCCUGGCGCUGUUUGCUUUGGUACAGCCUCCACAGUGCGCAUUCAUUUUAUCAUAUUUUGGUAUCAGUAAUUUGAUAUAUUUCAUGGUGAUAAAAUAUUAGCUCUAUUUUGGGACUUUUUAUAGAAUUACAUUUAUUCAAAUGCAUAGGAAUAUGUUCUUGUGAUUAUCAGGAUCUCCUAAUAUUUAUCUCAAUUCUUUUGUAAGCUUGUGGAAAUUAUUUAAGUAUUUUAAAGCAUAUUUUCUUGUAAAUAUGUCCUAUCUGAAGUGUCAGCAGUUACUUUAAUACUGUACUAUUUGCUGUAUUUUUCCCUGUGUGUAUAAUGUAUCCCCUUUCAGAACAGGAAUGUGCCUCCUAAUGUUUACUGUUACCCUGCCGUCUUUGUAUGUCCAGUCGGUGGAACACUGUAAUGACUUGAGAAUAAACUGCUCAGAGUUCAUUUUCACUCACUUCCCCUUUUAUUUGGUUCAGUGUUAAUGUGAACAAAUCAGUAGAACUGGUAAGAAACAUUUUUGGUUAGUUCAUUUACUUACCUUUCAGUAAAGAGAUUUCAUUUAACAGGACAGCCAGAAUUAAGCGGAGAAACUCUAUCUUGAAACCAAAAAAUAAAAAUAAUUUAAAGAAAUU